CAAUCAAUGGGAUAAACCCUUCUCACCACGUUAUCCGGUAAUGCCUCCAGUUCCUAUAAAAGUCCUCCAGAAUAAUACAGUUUCCACCUCUGGGGCUGUUGUUUCCAGAUCAAACACAUCAGUUAAGGGUCCUCCUAUGAGUGUAGAGUUUGAAUUUGCCCUAAGCCCCGAUCCUACUCCUUCACUCCCCAAAUCUCCUGAAGUUGUUUACACCCCUGCCCCCAUAAAUGCUUGCCUGACUCCAAUUUGUUUGUCACAUGUACUUUCUUUUCUCUGUCCAACUUUCUGCUCUGGCCCACCUUCAAUAUCCUACCACAACCAUCUCUAUUUUGAUCGUCCUCUGUCUAGUUUUGACAUUUCUAGUCUGACUAAAGUUACAGGCCAAGUGCUGUCAUCUCCCGUUAUAUCUGCAGGUUCAACCCCAUUUCCUCUUGUUCAUGGCAUGGGUUAUAAUUAUGGCCUGCUUUCUUCACAAGGUGCAAUUGUACCACCAGCUUCAGAUAUUACAGCAAUGCAAUAUUUGGCAGAGAAUCCCACCGUUAAGGGUAUCCAUGUCCCUCAUACUUCAAAGCUUUUGACAGGACCUAUUAUGAGUCCCUCCAUUUUUAGGAAGUUGGAGUCACAUACUGGUUUUACAUGGCCUACAGUGAAACCUGCAAAUGUUGCUCCUGUUCUACACCCUUUGGGACCUUCUAAGCUGCCUUCUGGACGCUUACAAAAUGGACCAGUUGCUGAGCCUCUUGUCUAUUCAAACCAAAGCCCAAAACCUGCAGUUUACCAGGCUGAGAGGGAACGGUAUGUUCCCCCAUGGGGACAUCACACGCAACCAAAGUUAGUUGCUCCAAAUAAUGCUCCCUUUUUUGAGAAAAUGGUCCAAUCUGACAUUUCUUCAAAACCUACAGCUCAUGGCAAAAAUGUGCAUAUGGAUCACUGGUAUCAAGCUACUUAUUCAAAUGCUAAGGUCCCAAUAUCUGACUCUCCCGCAAAAGACUCAUUCCACCAGAUGUCAUUACCUCAGCCAUCCAAUAAUCACAAAUCAUUUGAGCCCUCAACCACGGCACCUCAACCAGAGCAAACUAGUGGUGGUAACCUUCCAUUAAUGAACCCUCAGCAGUAUAACUCUCAAAGUGGAAAAUCUGUGGGUCCUGUUUUUAGGGGCACAUAUUGGGUUCCUGCUGUUCAAUCUAACCAGGAUGCAUUACUCUCCAGCUAUCACUUAGAUGGGUUAUGAGGCGUUCAUCCACAGUAGACCAAGGAAUU